GCCGACGCUGGACCGCGUUGAUUUGAAUUUGGAGCCUCGUUCCCUUGCGCGGAACGUAGGGCGAGGAGUUAGCGUUCGAAUUCACCCCGCCGCCUCGACGCCAUUGGCUGGUUCGCGGACGGCGGUGGGACGUGAUUGGCCAGUGGCUUCUCCCCGCCCCGCGCCCUGGUUGGCCGGAGAGCACAGAGGGAGUUAAAGAGUCGGCGCCUGGCGUGGGCAUCUGCAGGGUGAUGCUAGAACUUCCACGGUACCCACGAGUGUAGGUACGUUCUCCGUGGCCCCAGGCCUGGACUCCUGCUUCGAGGUGGACCGCUCUGGUUUCCUGGCCCCAGACGUGCCUGUGAGCUCGCCUAGGUGUGAAAGGGAGCAGAGAGAGAGGGCGCCUGGACACUGAAUGGUCGCUGGAAGUGACGUCUCUGCUGUUACCGAGGGAGCCCGCUCAACUUUGAACUUCCAAAAUUUGCUUCCUGGGCUAUGGGAGAUGUCAGCGAAUUAAAAAUGCAAAUAACACCAGAAACUCCAGGAAGGAUUCCUGUUUUAAAUCCCUUUGAAAGUCCUAGUGAUUAUUCUAAUCUCCAUGAACAAACCCUUGCUAGUCCUUCUAUCUUUAAGUCCACAAAACUACCAACUCCAGGGAAAUUUAGGUGGUCUAUUGAUCAGCUGGCCAUAAUAAAUCCUGUAGAGAUUGAUCCAGAGGAGAUCCAUCGGCAGGCUUCCUACCUAAGGCUUUCUCGAAUAGAUAAAGAUGUGGAAGACAAAAGACAAAAAGCCAUUGAAGAGUUUUUUACUAAAGAUGUCAUUGUGCCCUCUCCCUGGACUGAUCAUGAUGGAAAACAGCCUUCAGAGCUUCAUCCCAGUAAAUGUGUAAGUAGCAAUGAUGACUCUCCUGGUGGGAAAAAGACAAGUCUUCCCUCUCAGAAGUGCAACGCUGCCUGCCAGACUCUGCUGUCUCUUCCUGUGGAUUUUAACUUGGAAGCCGUAUUAGGAGACUAUUUUAGAGAAGAUGACUUUGUGGCCCACACUCCUGGGAACCUCAGCUCUUCAUCUCUGAGAAGAAAGCUCUUUUUGGAUGUGAAUGGAAGCAUCUCGGACCCUUUGCCUUCACCAUCUCCUGGAAGUCCUCCCUACAGUGCCCGGGGAUCGCUCGAGGGACAGUUUUCUUCCAGCCCCAUUCAGAACAGUGUGAAAAAAUACAGUUUGGGAAGCGUAACCACAAGCCCGUCGGCUAUUUCCUCACCUACCUUCUCACCUAUUGCACUUCAAGUAGGAAAGACGCCGCUCUCAGAACCCAGGAAGCUUACGUUCCAUUCUCCUGAAGCUUCAUGUGGCACAGCUUCUACGGGGAUCGCUAUCCCGAGCAUCAGGAGUCCGUAUAUAGAUGGCUGCUCGCCAAUCAAAAAUUGGUCUCCUCGGAGACUGAGAGGUGGCCCUCAGUGUUUGUCCUCCCUGAUCCGGAUACCUUUUACCCUGGAGGCUCACAGUGAAGAUGAAGAAGCUGACAUUUCCUCCACAGAUGCGGCUCCACUCGGCACAAAUGCUUGUGGUGAGCCUCUAGUUGUCACUGCCAUGUCUGUUACACAGAGUCACUCUGGUAUUGCUGAGAAAGAGCGAGCACUGCUGGAGGAUGCGGAAAGUGAGAGGGAAAAUGACACCGUGGAUAUGGUGGAUCCUAUAGACACAGUAGGUGAAAGCACUUGGAUAAAAGAGCCAGUGGAUGAUGGGAAUUCACCCACAACGGAUUCCGUGAGUGGAAUUGCCUUCAGUAUUGAAAACUCUCACAUGUGCAUGUCGCCUCUUGCAGAAAGCAGUGCUAUCCAGAUGAACAGUGACUAUAACACAGAGACUUGUGUAAGUAAUAUCACUGAUACUGUUGGGACAGAAAGCUAUUGCAAAGAAAAUGUCACACAUACAAAUGUUCCAAUGUCCUUUGAAGUAGAAAUGAAAUCUCAAGUUAAUAAGCAAGGCCACACAGCACAGCGGUGCUGGAUGCAAUCUCCAAGUCCAUCUCAGUGCAGCCGCCCAGAGUCUCGAGACCCAAGACUGGUGCUCAGCAGUCCUCCCGGAUUUAUGAGGGCUGCGAGUUAGUGUGAUGGUGAUCGGGUGCCUGCUUCACAUACUAUGCCUACUUCCCUCAUUAAUGUGAAAGGCUGCAAAGGAAAUUGGUGCUAGGACCAGA